UGGUCAUUUACAAAAGUACAUCAUGGACCAGUACAAACAAUGGAACAAUUUAAAAGAUAAGUUUCAGGUUUGAUUCUCUUUAGAAAAAUGCCUAUAUAUCAUGGCACAGAAAUUAUGGUAUCUGUUUUUGAACUAUAUAAGAACAUAGGCAUUUUUUAUGUUAGCUUGAACUAAUCGUACAAUUUUGUAAUCUGUGUCUGAUAGGCAUACCAAAGGAAUUAUUGUGGAAGAAAGUGAUAGUUGCCUCCUCAGUGGGUUUGAAGUGUAUAUCAGACAUCAAUUUAUUGAUGAUCUAUUAAAUUUAAUUCAUCAAUGAUAUUUUAUUUAAAUCGCUGUGCUAGUUACAAUGGGUGGAUACAAGGAUGAGUAAAACAUGAUUCCUGUCAAGAUUAUUUCUUGUUCAGUCAUUUCUUGACAAAUAUGCUGGAGUGGUUUGCUAAUAUUAAAUUUAUAAUCUAACAAGGUGCCUGGGCAUAAGAUUAGCAAAUAGCAAAUACUUAUGGUGUAAGAUUGUAGAGCUGGAAGUGAACUUAAAAAAAUAUGUCCAAAUUCAUGUCACUUAUUAUUUAACAAAUAUUUGUUGUAUCAAUGAGUUAAUGAUCAAACAAUAUUAAAAUAUAAACUGAUGGUAAAAUAAAAGAGAUUGAUAAAAGCAAAUGAAAUGGGAUAAAAUCAUUAGACCACAUGUGAAAAAAUAUUUUUCUUUUGAUUAAGAUUUGUUAUUUCAUACCUAAGAUAGCAUGGUGAGUAGUGUGUUGGAUGUAUUCAGGAAGACUUGAGCACAAUUCAUGCCUUUGUCACUUAUUGGCUUGCAACUCUGGGCCUCAGUUUCCUUAUCUGUAAAAUUGGGAUAUUAGUAUCUGCUUCACAGAGUUGUGAUGAGAAUCAAAUGAUGUAAUAUGUGUGAGGUGCUUUUCAAACCUUAAAGUGCUAGCUGAUAUAGGGGAUUUACAAUGAGGAAACUCCCCAUAUAACAAAAAGAACACGUGUUUUGCAACUUGUAGUUUUAGAGAGUUACUUGGGGGCAUGGAGAAGUUAUUAAAUGACUUACUCAGAGUCACAAAGCCAAUAACUUUCAGAGUCAGGACUGUAGAAAACAUUUUCCUGGCCUUGUAGCUGGCUCUGUCCAUGCUGUCUCUCAUGCCUUUCAUUUCAGAAGAAAGCUAUACUAACACUAACAUUCAAGGCAAUAUAUUGUUAAAAGUUCUAAAAAAAAGUUAGAUGAUAAAGAAAUAUCUAGAAAGGACAAAUUCAAAUUUGUUAGCAAUUUAUUACAAUGGAGCUAUCUCUAUCUAUGACUUACUGGUCUUAUCAUGGAUGGAAAAAUGAAGGCCAGGAGAACUUAACUAUUACAUUUGUAAAUAAAAUCAAUUUGGUUUUUGCCUAUAUACAUAACAGAUUAUUAGAUGGCAUAUACAAAUCAGAGACUAGAUAAUGCCUGUAUUUCUCUUAAGUAAAAUAACAAAACUAUAAAACAUUUCUUCAAUGUUAUGUUCAUUUAUAAAGAUUAGAAGAAAAUAAUUAGCAAAAUGUUUGUGAAAACUAUGAAGCAAUGUUGCAAAACAGAACAAAACCGCCCAAAGAAAAUAAAAACCAAGCCUAAGACAACAAGGUAGAGUUUCAGGCAAAAUGAUACUUUACCAUUGCUCCAAUUGCAUUUUGACAGUAAACAUUGUAUAAUAAUGAAUGCCAUGUAAUCAAAAUAGCUUCAUCUGUAAAUUACAGAUACUCUUUGUUUAAAAAUAGAUUUUCCACAGGUAAAAAAAAAAAUACUAGAGCUUCCUAGUGCCCAGACCAAGAUGAAACUUCAAUCUUUCACUUCUUUUCAGCUACUUGCUUUACCAGUGAACAGAAACUCACCAAUUAGCAGUAGCCCCAAGCCAAGAGGAAAACUUUUGCUUGAGCAGUAUUUUCUUCACUGAUGGGAAAUUUGCAAUUAGUGUUAACCUUUUGGUUUCCAUGCGCACAUUCACAUUUGAAAAACUACAGAUUCAACUAAACUCGGUAAACUGUUCAGUAGCAGAAUUGUCAGCUCCUAACCUGCCUAGGUAGUACUCUGCUUCUCUAGGUUUACAGCAACAGGUAGCCUUUGCAUAUCCACAGGCAAAAACUACAACUCCCAGUAGCCUAUUCGAAAACAAGAACUCACUUUUCUCUUCCUAGGGAGGAAUCAAUAAAAAAGGACAAAGCGCGGAGCAGUGUGGGUGGAAGAGGAGAGAUAAACACACUCAGAAAUGGCUCUGAAGAGAGAUGAGCAAGGAGGGGAUGUGCUGCCGACUAAAGGGGAGUCUGACUCGGAGGUUAAGCUCGUUCUCUACCACUGGACUCAUUCUUUUAGUUCCCAAAAGGUACGCUUAGUAAUUGCUGAAAAGAAACUGAAGUGUGAGGAACAUGAUGUAAGUCUUCCCUUGAGUGAACACAACGAACCGUGGUUUAUGCGUUUGAACUCUUCAGGAGAAGUGCCUGUCCUCAUCCAUGGAGAAAACAUUCUUUGUGAGGCAACUCAGAUCAUUGAUUAUCUUGAACAGACUUUUGUGGAUGAAAAGACACCCAGGUUAAUACCUGAGAAAGAAAGUAUGUAUUACCCACGAGUCCAGCACUACAGAGAACUCCUUGACUCCUUGCCCAUGGAUGCCUAUACACAUGGCUGCAUCUUACACCCAGAACUAACAGUGGACUCCAUGAUUCCUGCUUAUGCAACGACAAGGAUUCGAAGCCAAAUAGGUAAUACUGAGUCUGAACUGAAGAAACUUGCUCAAGAAAAUCCAGACCUUCAGGAUGCAUACAUAGCAAAGCAGAAACGCCUUAAAUCAAAGCUCCUGGACCAUGACAAUGUAAAAUAUUUGAAGAAAAUACUUGAUGAGCUUGAGAAGGUUCUGGAUCAAGUUGAAACUGAGUUGCAAAGGAGAAAUGAAGAGACCCCAGAGGAGGGCUGCCAACCUUGGCUCUGUGGUGAAUCUUUCACAUUGGCAGAUGUAUCGCUUGCUGUCACAUUGCAUCGACUGAAGUUCCUGGGGUUUGCAAGGAGAAACUGGGGAAACGGAAAGCGACCAAACUUGGAAACCUAUUACGAGCGUGUCUUGAAGAGAAAAACAUUUAACAAGGUUUUAGGACAUGUCAACAAUAUAUUAAUCUCGGCGGUGCUGCCAACAGCAUUCCGGGUGGCCAAGAAAAGGGCCCCAAAAGUUCUUGGCACCACCUUUGUGGUUGGUCUGCUUGCAGGAAUAGGAUAUUUUGCUUUUGUGCUUUUCAGAAAGAGAUUUGGCAAUGUGUUUUUAGCACUGAGAGCAAGACAAAAUUAUUUCUAGGCUUGUGCUGUGUUGGCUAUGGCAACUGAGGCAGCCUUUCCAAUCGACACUUGCUUGCUCUCCUAGGGCUGGUAAAGAAUUAUCCCAAGUGAGCAGGAAAGUUUGCUGAUUUCAUUUCCUUUACUCUCUCUGUCUAGCUCAUCAGGUUAGGGCAAGCUAUAGGUUUUUUUUUUUUUUUUUGGUGUGUGUGUGUGUGUGUGUGUGUGUGUGUGUGUGUGCACAUGUGUGCACCUGCAUGCACGCGUACUUUGGUAAAUUUUGAGUACUUGUUUGCAAGGUUGAAUGAAUCCAUCUUUAAAAAAAUGGACAAGGUGAAUUUAUAUGAAAGAAGUCUUACGAAGUUAGACCACUGUUUCAAGAUUCCCCCUUGCUACAUGAAUGAAAAGAUGUGCUGCUGAAUUAUUUAUGGAGUUUAUUAUUGUAAGCAGCCAAUAGCAGUAACCCAUGCUUGCAUGCAUUCCUUUAUCUGAGCAUCUCAAAAGUGAUUUCUGAACCUGAUCUCACUGGUCCUUGCAAUAUCACCUGACAUCAAUGGACAUUAUCCAUACAAGGUAGAAAUCCACUCCAGUGCUCUAGACCAGUGGGUAUCCACUUCCUUACCUUGGAAGGUCAUCAGGGAUACUAGCAAAUACUUAUUUGUACCCUUUUGUGUCACUGGUAACCCUAAGGCAGAAACAGGAUAAGAGGGAUAAAAGAAGAGGAAGAAAUAAGAGGGAAAGAGAAGAAAAAGAUACAAAUGCCACCAUGUGGAAUGUUGGGACAAGUAGUUUGUACUAUUGUUAAUCCACCAGGCCAUAAGUUGCAUGUCUCCUUGCUAAGUAAUACCCAGAUGUCUAACUAGAGCUCUUGGGCCUGUGAAAGGAAGGAUGAAAGUGCUUUAUAGGUAGUGGUUUGGAAAAGAGCUUGAAAUUUACCUCCACACUAUUGCAAUCAAACCUAGUUCAUUUUUUAAAAAAAUACAUUUGAAUCUAUAAUAAUGUCAAUUGCUUUUCCAGUUGGAAAUUUGGCUAAGAUUACCAAACACAAUAUACUCUUCUUGCCUAGAAAAACAGAGGAACAUGCCUGUUUAAGGGUUCUAUUGCCAUUAGUGAUGAAACAAAGCAGUCUUACUUUCCAAACUUGAACCUAAGAAAGGCUUAGGGAAGUUUCUUGGUUUUUCUUGUGUUGGGUACCAUGAAUAAAUAUAAGAAACCUAAACUGAAGUAGGUUUCAAGAUUCAGAAAGGGGCAAUUUGGUGUAAUAGAAUGAAUUGUGGGCCUGGACUUAGAAGUUUUGUUUUUGCUAUUCCAUUUACUUAGGAAAAUCUUUUGACCUCUCUGGGCCUCAGUUAUCUCAUCUUUAAAAAAAAAAAAGGGAUGAGACUAGAUGAUCCUUAUGGUCCCUUUUGGCUCCAAAGUUUCUAUGAAAAAUUUGCCUCAUGUCAGCCUCAGGCUGGUCAUGUAGAAAUGGCCAAAGAAUGCACUCAUUCCUCUCUCUUCCUUUUCAUUAAUAGGAAACAGUCAUACCUAGAAAACAAUAACUUGUUGUCAAUGGUAAAAACAACAACAACACAUUUCUGUAAUUCCAUGGCAUGAUCCAACAGUUGGGGAGAUCUUGAUGAACUGGAUGUACUCCAUUUACACAAACUGAAUAAUGUCUCCAGAGUAAAGUUAAUCCAAAAAUAUUAACAUGUUGGCAGCUUUGAUUAUAUUUGUACUUUGUAUUGAAGUGUAUUAUGCUGUGGUGUAUCUGCCUUGAAUUGUCUCUGGAAAAUCUCACUGCAUGUAUUUGUAAUGUAACCCUCAUUGCAGGCAUUAGUAAGUUGUUUGUGGUAUUUCCUGGCUAUUCAGGUCACUGUCAUGUUAAAAGUGGAGCUUCAGAAUAGUAAAAACAAAAUUGCAUUUUUAUAAAAAUCAGGAGGAAACUUUAACUGAAAAAAAAAUUCCUUGGCUAGGACACAGAGCAGUAGUUUGGAGCAGAGUAGUCUUCCAGUUUUUAUUAUUAAUAUGACAAAGACAAGACCAAUAAAGUUGUAUGAAAAACUUGCAGUCCUUUAUGUGCAAAGGUGAUGCCACAGACCCUAUCUGGGAUGUCGCUUGAUACAAGUGGUAUAGUAACUUGUUGAUGGCUUAAAAGAACCACAAGAUGUCGCUCUUCAUCAGUACUACUCAACUGGUAGUUCAGGAUAAACAAAAGUGAAGCACUGGUUUCCCUAGUGCCAGUAUAGGGGACAUUUCCACGAGAUCAGUCUAUUAGAUGACCACUAGUGCUAUUCAUUUCUCAUACUAUAGAAAGGCACUUCCGCACUGGAAAGCCUAGUGUUGUACUGCACAGCUACAGUACUCAAUACUUUCUGUCUAUACAAACUUGUUAUUAGAACACUCUUGCUUGCCAGAUACUCUCUUUACAUGUUACUAUUCAUCAUCAUGAACCUAUAUUAAUUGCUCCACAUUGUAUACUGCUGAGUCACCAAUAUUUUCUUCAAUUUCAAAAAAAGUCCUGUAAACUCAAAAGUUGAAAAAUAUUGAAGGCACUAGGAAGGAACUUCAUCUUAGAUUGGUUGUUGAAGUCUCAUCAUUAUAAUCUCAUUUUCUUUUGCAGUUACACAUUUUGGUACUAUUUUCUGAAGUCCUUGUACAACUUUUGGUGAUGCUGAGUGCCGACUAACUUAUGGGUUAGAUACAAUCAGCCAUUUUUAUUUCUGUUAUCUCUUCUUGAUUGAACACAACAUAUAAACAGAAGUAGAGAUGCAAGGUUAUAUUUUCAAUGUAACCCCUUUAAGUGUAACUGACCAAUAAACAUAAAUUUUAAAGCAAAAGUCAUUGUAGUAGAUUAUUUUCAGAUCUAUAUAGAAUGCUUUAUGGUUAGAAACUAGGUGGCACAAAGGAUAGAAUGCGGGACUUGGAAUCAGGAAAACUUAAGUUCAAAUUUAACCUCAGACACUUAAUCUCUGCCUAGCUCCAUUUCUUCAUCUGGAAAAUGGGACAACCCAGGGGUUGUUGUGAGGGUAAAAUGAGAUAAUAUUUGUUUAAGUAUUUUGCAAAUCUUAAAGUAUUAUAAAAAUGGCAUUAUUAUUAUCAUUAAUAUAUUGUUAGCAAGUUAUUUUAGAUACUUCAUUUAAUUUGAUAAUUACAACAACCCUACAAGGUAGUAAUAUAAGUACUCUUAACCUCCAUUUAAUGGGGAGGAAGCUGAGGCAUAGAGAGAUGACUUAUCCAAGGUCACACAGUUAAUGAGUAAUAAGGUCAGGACUUUGUUUUCUGUCUCUAAUUCUAUUGUUUAUAUAUUAUACCUUGCUAUCUCAAUAAAAUGUAUAUUCAUUGUUUUGUUGUAAAUUAAGGCAUAUUGAAACAGAAGAAA